AUGUGCAGCGGUAGCAGUGUUUCAGACGCGAAAACAUAUACCAGGUCCAUCCAGCAGCUCGGGAAGCAACUCGAAUGGCAGAAAAGUUUGAAACUGCUCAGAGAGUUCCGGCAGAGCCGAUGUGACGGUGCAGUACAUGCAUACAGCGCAGGGAUCACUGCAACUGGAGACUGGCUUCGGGCCGUGGAGCUCCUAAACGAUCUGCAAAACAUCUCGCAGGCAAAUGUUGUUACAUUCAGUUCCGCCAUCAGCGCCUGUGAAAGGAUCUCGGCAUGGCAACCCGUAUUGCUUUUACUGGGACAGGCUGAAGAUGCAUUUGUGGAAGCAGAUGUCAUCGUUUUCAACGCGGUCGCGAGCGCGUGUCAAAAAGGAAGCGAUUGGAAACGAGCUGCUCAGCUCAUGGAUGUGUUGUUCAGACAGGCUCUGGAGCCAACGAUUGUUUCACACAGUACCGUCAUAAGCGCGUGGGGACGUGCAAGCCGGUGGCAAGUGGCUUUGCGGUUGUUGCGGGCACUGCCUCUGUUUGAUCUGCAGGUGAACAGAGUGGCAUAUGGUGCAACGCUGAGUGCGUGUGAAGCGAGUUCAAACUGGCAACUGGCACUUGAGCUGUUUGCAGAGGUGCGCUCAAAGAGUCUCAGGGUAAACCUGAUUAUUGCGAACACAGUUAUAAGUAGCUGCGAGAAGGCUGCAGAGUGGGAAGCGGCCCUGCUCCUUCUGUCCACUCUGACUUUGACGCAGCCGCAGCCUGACGAGAUCAGCUUCAAUUCUGCCAUCAGUGCUUGCGAGAAAGCAGGCCAGUGGCACUGGGCUCUCGAGCUCCUGAACCAGCUCGACAGGAACCGACUACAAGCAUCUGUCGUCUCGUGCAGUGCGGCGGCCAGUGCGUGCGCGAAGGGAACUGCAUGGUUGCAGGCCAUGUUCCUGAUCAGCAGCAGCCAGAAAAGUAAGAUCCAGCUCGAUAUGAUUGCCUACACCGCGCUAGCAAGUGCCUGCGCGCAGGGCUACAGUUGGCAGACGGCCGUUUGCCUAGUAGCCGACCUUCGCCAGAGCCAUGCGCACGCGGACUUGGUCACCUGCAACGCCGUGAUCACUGCUUGUGCAGAGGGCCGCCGCUGGCUGACAGCUACGACAAUGCUGCGAAACUGCCAGACAGAGCAGCUCCGCAGCGAUGAGGUCUCCAUUUGUGCUGCCAUCACAGCUUGCCAGCAGGAGUGGCCAGCAGCGGUGCAUUUGCUGUCUUUGUUUCGAAGCAGCUUACCGGGCAGCAGAGUCGCCUUCAAUGCAGCAGGCGCCGCAUGUGAGAAGGGCAGCAGCUGGCAGCUGGCCCUCCUCUUCGCAGAAGGGAGACUGCAGAGGCUGACGCCUGAUGCUGUCUCCUACAACGUGGCCAUCAGCGCCUGCCAGAAGGAGGAGUUGUGGCAAUGGGCCAUGCUUUUGCUGCACGAGCUUUGGGACAGCCGGCUUCGGGCCAGCGUUAUUACAUACAGCGUUGCUAUUGGGGCAGCCCACACUGCCGGACGCUGGGCUUGGGCGCUUCACUUUCUGCAGAGGCUCGGCCGGGAUGGAGAGGCGCCCAACGUCAUUACUUUCAAUGCGGUAUUGAGCACGUGUGCUGGGCAGCAUCGCUGGCAGCGGACCUUGUCUCUCCUCUCCUGCUGCGGACCGUGCGAAGAUGUGGUUACCCACGCCACUGCCGUUGCUGCUUGUGAGGUCGGCUUGAGGUACUCUGAUGCCGCUUCGGUGCUUUCUCGCUUGGAGAGUGCAGGUGUGGCUGCCAACCACCGUGCAGUUGGCCAAAGAGUAUCCUCCAUGAUGUUUCGAAAAAGUGUUGCUCGCAUAAGUGAGACGAAAUGA